CUUAUAGGGGCUAUUUUUAUAUACAUGAUACUUCAAACUAAUCGUUUAGUAAGCCAGAAAUCAAAAAUUUUUGAAGAUCAGCCGAUCGUUCUCGACCAACAACAGGUCGACGAAGGAGUCCCAAUGACGCAGAUGGCAUCCGCAAUUCCGCCGACGACGAAACCCGACACAAGACGACGAAGCUUGGUGAUUUUCGGCGAUGAUCGUUCAGGCACGACACUGCUGACACAAAUGUUUAGCCAAGAUCUAGAUAUUUUCACAGUGUACGAACCGUUAUGGAUAACAAAAAAAUGGAGUCAAACAGAGCCAGAUAAAAAUCUUUUAAAGGACGUUACAGAGGUGAUAGGAGCGUUGAUGACCUGUAAUUUCGUGGACAACCCAACUGCAAUUAAAUUUUUGUCCCAUUCCUCCAAAAAUUGGGCACCUGGAUUAUUUAUGAACCCGUUCAAAUCUAAACCAAUAUGUAAUGAUCCUGAAGCCUGUCCAAACCCUGGAACAAUCCCAGAUGUGGUGCAAAAAGCCUGUUUACAUAAUUACAAACACAGCGUCAUAAAGGUGGCUAUCGUUCGCGUACCAGAAAGGAAACUCUCCAACAUUUUUCAGAGGAUAAUAGAGGACAAUCCAGAUACGGUCAUCAAAUUUUUGCACGUUGUUCGCGAUCCAAGAGGCAGCAUAAACUCCAGGAUCAAUUUAGGAUGGAUACCAGACGUUGACAAAGCAAAAAAUUUUGCUUAUUGGCCUCGGAGCACAUGCGAAGGGAUUCUACAGAAUGUCAAGUUCGGGGCAAGUCUCCAAGGAAAUUUCAAAGACCGCUAUAUGCUUCUUCUAUACAAAGACAUUGCAUCUUCCCCUCUAGUGACAGCCAUGAAGAUUUAUAAGUUUGCUGGGUUUGAAAUAUCAGAAAGUAUGAUCAGAUGGCUAAAGCAAGCAACAAACCCGAGCAAAGAGACUCUUGAACAAGAGGGGAAGCACGCUUUUUCAUCGUUUCGCAAUUCUACAGCCAAUGUUGAGAGAUGGCGACAUGAGUCACCCGAUAGAAGGGUUCGUAUUAUCGAAGAAGAAUGUAGUGAGCUGAUGGAUUUACUGCAUCUAGAAAAACUGCCGUAAAAAAUUAGAAGCUAAUGAUAUUAUAAUCGACGCUAUUCAUCUAAUCAGGGUCAACAAACGUUUUUUCUUUUUUUUAACCC